CGUCAACGACGCCAGGUCUCCUCCGUACCGUUACCCCUGAGAGAUAGUCUAAUUGCUCCCCAACGUAGCCCGCCACGAGGGGCAGGCGACACCAUUACCAUGCGCCGUCGUCAAUGGACGCUGAUCGGCAUCAUCGCCUUCCUAACGAUCGUUGCAUACACGAUAUUCAGAUUACCGCCCGACCAGCGACCGAUACCGAAAACAUCGCUCUCUGGAAACCCCCCACCCCCCGCGCAAGAGGAGCAGAAGCCCCCAGCGGCUGCCGACAAAGACUUCGGCGCCAGCUUCCUCGGGCCUCCUCCCGAGAGACGACCGAAACCUGCGUCCGGCACCGGCUCGCACCCGAUGUGGCAUCUCAUGACUGAUGCCGAGAAGGACUUCCAAACUACGCUAAAUAAGCAAUCCAAGACGCUGGAGGAGGCCGUCGCCGAGUACAGGAGGCGUUAUGGCAUCCCGCCCCCGCCCAACUUUGACAAGUGGUUCGAAUUCGCAAAGGCCAACGGCGUCCAGCUCAUCGAUGAAUUCGACAUGAUACACGAGAUGCUUACACCCUUCUGGGGUCUGAAGCCUGGGACGAUAAGGGAGCGAGCCAGAGAAGCCCUUGGCUUUGACAACAAACUGCUUGGCCUGUUGAUUCGGGAUCACAAGGUCUCCCACAUCCAGGGCGGCCAAGAUUGGCAACGCGAGGCCACCUCAGGCAUGAUUGAGAAGUUCAUCCAGUGGCUCCCGAGCAUGGAUCUCGCCUUCAACAUCCACGACGAGCCGCGUGUUGUCGUGCCUCAUGACGACCUGGCCCGUCUUGUCAAGAGGGCCAAGGAUGUCAACAUGCCUAAGGCCAACUCUUCUCCGAACCCGCAGAACGCCUUCACAAAACGAGCGGGCGAUUUGAGCGACGGCAAGAUAAUCGAAGAAUACAAGCGCACCCGCUUCAACGUUUUUGCGCACCAGGCGACCUGGACGCACUCCCGUAUGUCCUGCCCCCCGGACAGCCCAUCGCGUGGGCUCGAGGAUGACGAGCUCUCCGACGACCUUAGCAAGUACGGUGUCAGCGAGCUCGGCUUCGUCUAUAAUGUCACCGCCAUGUCUGACGUUUGCCUCUCACCCUCUCUGAGUGCGACUUACGGUUUCUUCGAUCGCCCGAACGCUUACAACAUCGUGCACGACCUUUUCCCCAUUUUCUCUCAGUCCAAGAUCUCCUCUUACAACGACAUCCUCUACCCCUCUCCUUGGUACUGGUACCAGAAGGUCACCUAUGACAAGUCCAAGGACAUGUCUUGGGAGAAGAAGCAUGACCGCCUCUACUGGCGCGGCUCCACGACAGGUGGAUUCUCACGCAAUGGCGGUUGGCGCCGCCAACACCGCCAGCACUUUGUUCAAAAGAUUAACGCCGCCGACAACGCAAAGAUUUAUGUAAACCGCGGCGACGAACAGAAUCCCAAGUGGGAGGUCAAAGAAGUGCCCCGCGGCGACUACCGCGACAUCAUUGACGUUUACUUCUCGCACGUAGGACAGUGCGACGAGGGAGACUGCAACGCCCAGAAGGAAUUCUUCAAGAUCCAGGGCCACGCCGAGCAGCAGGAUGCCUGGAAGUACAAGUAUCUUCUCGACAUGGACGGCAACGCCUUCUCUGGCCGCUUCUACGCAUUCCUGCAGUCACGCUCCCUUGUCUUCAAGCUCGCCAUCUUCCGCGAGUGGCAUUUCGAGUGGCUCCGCCCCUGGGUGCACUAUGUGCCCAUGAGCCUGCAGGGCGACGACUGGCUUGAAGCCGUGCGAUUUUUUGGUGACGGUGCCCUCGGUCGCAACGAGGCCGAGCGCAUGGCGCUCAGCAGCCGUGACUGGGCUAACAAGGUGCUUCGCAAGGAGGACAUGGAAGCCUGGUUCUUCCGCCUCUUGUUAGAAUAUGGCCGCGUCAUCGACGACCAAAGAGACACCAUCGGCUUCUCAGUUGGGGGCGCCGCGCCACCGCCAGCAUAG